AUGGGAUCCCCCUGGUACUCCAGCAUCUGGAGCAGACAGAAUGUACCCACUGUUACCAAGGUUGAUCAAGCAGUCACAAGUCAGGGAGAAGUUAAAGCAAGAGGCUCUAUUGGAUCACCUCACUGUAAUGCAGAUACUGAUGUGGCAGGACAGAACUUACAGGUGAAGGCAAGAGCAGAUAAAUCUGGACAGCUCAGCUCCUGUGAGGCAGAGGCUAAAGACGAUGAUAUUCAUUCUAAAUCGGUCGUAUUGAGUGGACAGGACGUACAGCCAGGAGAAAAAACAGUGCUGAUUGGUCGACCAGACCCCAAGCAGGGUGGAGCUAAAGGUACAGAAACUGGCCAUGUGGGAACUCGCUGGUAUUCUGGCAUCUGGAGCUUACAGGUCUCUCAACCCACAGAUAGAACAAUUAAGGUUGAUCAUUCAGGCACAAGUCUGGGAGAAAGUAAUGGACCUGGCAGUGAGGGAACCACAAAUACUAACUCCGUCUUAUUAAGUGGGCAGGACUUGCAGUCGACACCUAAAACAGUGGAGAUUGGUCAGCAGGAUUCAAAACAGAGACAAGCUAAGGUCACAGAAAUGGACGGCAUGGAAUCUCACUGGUACUCAAGUAUUUGGGGCAGACAGAAUGUACAACCAGCAGACAGAAAAGUGCAAGCUGAUCAUCGGGAAAUUAAAGAGACUUUCAGCGUGCAGCCAGAUAACUCGGGCACCAUGGAUGGACAAAACUUACUAAAUACAGACAAAACAUCAGAGGCUGGCCAAACAGGACAGGGAUUGGUUAAAGGUUAGUUUUGAGA